GAUAAACAAUUUAUUUGAAAGUGGAUUUGGCGGGGGGGGGGGAGGGGGAGAGAUGAUAGGAAGGCAGUUGAUUCUUUUGUUUUAUUGAAGGCAUUUCGGCCAAGGUGGCAAUGGGAUAUUAACGUAUAUGCUUGACACAUUGGCUCGUCUGUGCCUUCAUUAAAUACCUUAUGAUCCAAGCAAUGUUGUCGAUACUAACAAGAAGUCCAGUGGUUUGUUUGACCAGAAACUAUUCCGUCUGUUUGGGGGACUGAUCAUAUCUGUACACACAUCUUUCUUUAUAUUAAAGAAGGAAAAGAAAUUGGUUAUUCCUUGACACUAAAGAUAUUAACUUUUUGAGAAAAAAAUUUUUUUUACAUACCUAUAAUUUUAACACUAAAAAUGUGAAGGAUGUGUGUGUGUGAGAGAGAAUUAAACAAAGGAGAGUUCAACUUCAUUUACCCAAAGAACAAGAUAGUUUGUAAAUAUGCAAGAGAACAUUUCAACCAACUCAAGUGGACUGACUAUACACAACACUGGAUGUCUUUCUGUGCAAUGCCAACCAUUAAUUUAAUAUUUUUUAAAACAAUGUUUUAUGUCAAAGAAAUGACAGUUUGCUUGGAUCGGCAUUCUGCUCUGAAUUUAAUAGUGCUGAUGGGGGGGGGGGGGUGUUAUAUAUUGAUACCCUCAUUUGUCUUGUGCUUUGACCUUUUUUUUUUUGUGGGUGAGUUACGACCUGAUUAAAAUUAAGAAAACAAAGUAAAACAUUUUCCAACUCAUGAAAUGCUAAAUAACAAUGACUAUUCUAAAGGGUAGAUGUACAACUAGUCUCCAUGCAUUAUACGGUACCUGUACCAAAAAGGAAAUAAAUGAUCAAUUCAAAUCUUAAAAACUUGGGCACACGCCUUUAUUUAUUCAAAAGUUAUUGUACUUUAUACUUCAUUUAUAAUUUGUUGGGCUUUUUUUUACUUGCAAGUGUCGAGCACUUAACUAAUUUGUGUUGAGUUAAACAUUAACCCUUGAAAAGUGCCUCUCAGUUAUCUGAUUAUGAUCGAACAAAGUCACCACUCACGGCAGUGUUGUUUACGGCAAUCCAAGUUUACAAAAUUUAAUUUUAUUUAUAAGACUCAACAACCAACUUCUGGUGUCUUCACAAUACAAAAUUGGAACUGAGAUUGGGUGUUCAAGUACAUCGACUGAUGUUUUAAAAGUAUACAAGUAUAUAUAAAAUUAAAUCUUUUUUUUUUUUUUUAAAGGCAUUAAAUAAAUGUUAAGUGAAAUGAAAAUCCUUUUGAGGUGAUAGAUGUAAAUUUAGGUAUGGAGGGAAUGGGAACUAUUUCUUUUUUGACCGUAAAUUGGAACUGAGAUUGGGUGUUCAAGUACAUCGACUGAUGUUUUAAAAGUAUACAAGUAUAUAUAAAAUUAAAUCUUUUUUUUUUUUUUUUAAAGGCAUUAAAUAAAUGUUAAGUGAAAUGAAAAUCCUUUUGAGGUGAUAGAUGUAAAUUUCGGUAUGGAGGGAAUGGGAACUAUUUCUUUCUUGACCGCAGGAGGAAGAGAGUUGAUUUGAGCGAAGGGACAAAAAGGCGUGCACCCCCCAAAGUCUUUCAAAUGAAUGCAGUGGUGCUUUGAACCAUUUGGUCUGCCUCUAUCUGGCCAAUAUCAUUGUGCUCUGAUUGACACAAGCAAUGUUGGGAUUUUUUCAUUAUGUCAGAAUGAAUGUUUCAGUAUGCUAAUUAAUAAUGAAGCUUUUAAUAAAUUCUCCUCUGUAGAUCAAUAGUUUGUUUGCCCUAUUCAUUUGUAUAAAAUAUGAACCUGC